AAGCCCUUUGUUGUCCUGUUGCAGCAGCUCUCAGUGCUUGAAACCAGACAAAGACCUGGCGCCGGUCGCCCACCCGACGCCAACGCGGUCACGGAGACCUCCUGGUGGAUGAGCGCCAAAAUGGAUAUCCCAGGAUACUAUUACGACCCUGAGAAGAAGCGGUACUUCAAAGUGGAGAACAGCAAAACCGCUCCAGCAGCGUCGACAUGGUCAACUGACAAGGUCAAGAGACGCAAGCUUGAGGAUGAAGAGGCUGCCGCCGCCCUACAACGCAUGAAGCUGAAUAAGGACCGCAUUCGACGCUCGCAGGUGCUGCAAGAGCCUCUAGUUGGCGGCUUUCUGGCUCGCGAGUUCGGCUCCGUUGAAGUUGACGUGCGCCCUUCCGCAUUUGCAAGGGAGCUACUGGAAAAGGGGUCAAUGCCGCUGGCAGACUCGCGGUGGUGCUCGACUGGAAACGUGAAGCAUCUGUGUGUGACUAGUGAGGAUACGCAUAGUGGACUUGGGGUUGCGUUUGCCACGCUGGACGAACUCAGUCUGAUUUCAGCAUACAUACCAAGGGAUAACAAUGGGAGGGUACAUCGCCAACUCCUCGCCAACUACAGCGUCCCGCACAGUCCCCAGUUCGCCCCCUACCAAGAGCUGGUGGUCAACCAGAUAUCUGACGUCAAAUACCACAAGCCCUCAGGCAAAGUAUUCGUCCUGAGUCGACAACCAGAUGCCGCAAUAUCCUUCUGGGACUUCAACCCCGUCGAGACAGACGGGCCUGAUGGUCGCUUACCCAGCCCUCGAUGGCUCUUGGGAUGGAGUGGUACCGGCCAUGGCGUGUUCAUGAACCACCGCCUUUCCGGCCCGUCUGGCACCAACAACUACCAAUCUAACACGGUUCACCCUAGCCCGGAAUCCGCAACAUCACUAUGCAUCAUCGGCAGCAACCGCGGCAUUUUGCACUGGCCCAAAGAACGAAGCAUCACGUGGCUCGCCCCGACAGUUUCCCAGGGGCGUUUCAAUUCCAGUCCCAAAGCAUUCGGCGAUAUAUUCGCCCUCGACUUCAAACAGGGGGACUCCAACAUCCUAUUUUCCGGUGGCCGCCCGGGCAAACUAUUCAUCGGCGACACGCGCUCAUCAUUCCAGGAGUGGCAAUGCCUCAACCACGGCUACGCCAUCUCUCACAUCAGAUCCCUAGACCACCACAAUGUCCUUGUCGCCGGAUUGAACAACACCAUGGUAACUUACGACACCCGCAUGAUGAAGGACGACCCGCCCUCGUCCCUCUAUAAGCCCCAAACGGUCCGCCCCGUCCUCCGCUUCCACGAGUACAAAAAUAGCGCGCACAUCAACACGGGGCUUGACUUCAAUAAGGAGUCGGGACUCGUUGCUGCUGCCCAUGACGACGGCAAGGUCGCCUUGUACUCGGUGAAGACGGGGCACAGACUGAGCUCGCCUGAUAUUGCCCAGAUUCAGUCGAAUCGUGGACCCAUCCAGGCUAUUCAGUUCCAGACUAUGCCUAACGAUGUGAACCCGACCUUGUUCGUGGGCGUACAUAGUAACCUCAACGCGUACUCGUUUGGGGUUUGGGGCUUGAAGGACGACGCUUGAGCUGGAGCUGAAGCAACCGCGUUGAUUCCUCAAAACACCUCCCACCAGCCUUCUUGUGGUCAAACAUACCUUAGCCCCUG